AUGUCCCGGCGCAGGCAGCGUCGGCGUGACUCCAGCGGUGAGGGCAGCAGCGGCAGCGACAGUGAAGCAAGCACAGCUUCGUUCAGCCCUUCCAGCGCCUCUGGGUCCGAUGCGAACUCCAACACAGGCUCCGACACGGAUCUGACGUCGCCCUAUCUCUCUGACCGGUCUGACGAUAAAGGCGCGCCUUCUAAGAAAACCGGGAAGUCAGCAAAAGCGGUUCGACGGCCUGUGUGCGGCGACGGCGUAUCGCGCAGGAGGGCCGUAAGACCAGCUCGCACCGUGCAUAGAGAGCGAGCACCCGGCAACGGGGCACCACGCAAGCCACCCACCGAGUCUGGGUCCGACACGGAAUCAGAGGACCCGGACGACGACACAGACGACGAGCUGUCGUCUAACGACGGUGACGGCUAUGCGGACUCCACCAUUGAGCAGAUCGAACGAGCAGAGGGCAUGUGGAAGCGGUACUGUCGGAUGAAACGGAGGGAACGCCCUGACGAGCCAGUAUGGUGGCAGCCAGCCGAGGCGCUGCGGCUACUGGACUACGACCUUCUUUACCGAUACUUCAACUGGCGCAUGAAGCUUAAAAGGGGAAAGGGCGGUCGUAGACUGCAGCGAACCAAGAAAGUCAGCGCUCUCGAAACCGCCUGGAAAUAUUUUCAACGCUACUUUAAGAAGUCUAGGAAGAAGCGACUUGCCGGCCAGCUUAUUCGGAAAUGGAAAAAGAUCAAGAGAAAGUUGGCGGAAAAGUACGAUCUAGACAACCAGGAGAAGGAGAAGACGCCGAUGUACAUAGAGGAUCUGGCCGAAUUCGAGGAGACGGUCCUUACGAGGUUCGAGAAACGAUUCUACCUCGGACUACAACGAAUACAACUUUGCCUCUACCUCCUGCUUGGCUGCUUCACGGUAAACCGACCGAGCGCCAUCCUGCACCUGCGCUACAGGGACCUCAAGGUCUCCCUGCAGCGCGACCCUGACGGCGGCAGGCAUAGGAUCGCGAUCGCCACCACCCACCGGUUCACAAAGAAGUAUCUUGGCAUGAAACAGAUGUAUGUUCCUCCCACCCUCUCUUCCUUCCUCCCCCCAGCGCAACUAAAUACAUUUGUCUUCCCUGAGAUAAUCAACGACCCGUCUCUGAUGCUGAGCAUCCACACCUACCUUCUCGGCAUACUCCUCGACGAUGAUGCGUUCAAGGCGCCCAACCUAAAGUCGAUGGAUGACAUACAGCGCCUAGCGAUAGGUAAGAACCGACAGAAGAUGGAUGUUCCACUCAAACCCUCCAAACUAGACCACUACGUGUUCUAUUUUGGCGAGCUGCUCGGCUAUCUUGAAGUCAUGUUCAUGCGCCGUUUCAGGUACGGCAGCGGGACGAGAAUCAACAAAAGCGGCGAGUUCAGCGAAGCGGAACAAAACCUCAUCAUGAACCACGCCAACAUUGGCACCUUCCUGAGACACUAUCUCACGCGAGAAGUCCACCAGCUGGACCGGGUGAUGAGAGGCCUCGGCCGCGACUCGGCAAUGAUACGAGCGAUGAGCCGCAUGGGCGCCUCGAUCGACCGCCGGCGUCCACGUGAUGUUCCGCCCGAGCUAAAGGCCACAAUCGGCACGGACCCGGAGGUCCAGGAAGCCAUUCAGAAGCUAGAAGCUUUCGAGAGUCGCGACCUGGACGAUUCAAGGAAAAAUCGUGACAAGCUCGACCGGCUGAAGAGAAGGGUGACAAAUGCAAGGAAGCGGCGGCUUUACGAGCUUCGCAGGCAGGUUCGUGAGGAGUUUGACGAGAAGCAGGCGGUCAUCGACAUCGAGCGCCAGCUUUCCGGGAAGGCGAUGGACGAGGAGAAGAGGGAGACGUUGGGUAUGGAGCUGCCGCCUGAGCUCGUCGACCUCCUCGACAAGCUGAUGACGUGGCCGGUCUCCGAAGACGUAGAGGCCGAGUGGAAGCGUCGAAACGCCGCCGUCGAAGCCGCCCGCACCUACUGCAGCGUGCGCGAGGGAGGGCCACGGAAGGGGAGGCCGCCGAAGCGAGCUGCCCCCGACCCGCCGCCAGAGGUGGACGUCAAGAGGGCCAAGACAGAGGAGGCCCCCCGUAAGAGUGAAGCCGUCAGGGCUCGAGAGCACAUCGUUUCGGUUGCCUCUGGGGCGGAGGAGGAAACCAAACGGCCACGCGCCUGCUUCCACUGCCUCAAGAUGUACGCAAGGCCCCAGGAGGUAACAAGACAUCUCCGGAACGACUAUCUACGCCAUCUCCCAGAACAGGGGCCGAUCGAAUGCCCUUUCUGCGGUAUCAAGCUGGAGCACAAGCAGCACCUACGGGGCCAUGUGGAAUUAAUGUAUCGGACGUUGACGUAG